CUUUGCAGUGUGCCAGAAUCCAGCUUCCCCUUCUCCCUGAGGUGAGACUCCUGACAGUCCCAGUCAGCCUGAGUGAUGGCCACCACACUAUGCUUUCUUCCAGCAACCUACCUGAGAAACAUGAAAGAGAAAUUGGCCCAGAAUAAGCUCAUCUUGAAGGACGAGUUGAAAACCUUACUUCAUUUGUGUGAUACCCGGGAUGAUGUAGAACUGGCUAAAAAUGUCAUUUACAGGUACCAUACAGAGAACAGAAAUGUCACUUUGGGAGAGUAUAAAUUUGGACCACUUUUCAUGAGGUUGUGCUACGAGUUGGAUCUUGAGGAAUCUGCAUUGGAACUCAUCAAAGACCAGCAUUUACGAGGUUUCUUCUCAGACACCACGUCGUUCAAUAUUUUGAUGGAUAUGUUAUUUAUGAAAGGCAAAUAUACAAGUGCGCUGGAAGUGCUGAUAGAGAUGAAAAACCAAGAUGUGAAAUUCAACAAAGAAACCUAUGUCCUUGCUUUUGCAAUUUGCUACAAACUGAAUAGCCCUGAAUCUUUGAAAAUCUGUACUACAUUAAGAGAAGAAGCCCUAAUCAAAGGAGAAGUCCUCUCCAGGAGAGCAUCCUGUUUUGCUGUGGCACUAGCUCUGAAUCAGAACCAGGUGGCGAAAGCUAUAUCAAUUUUUUCUCAAAUCAUGAAGCCAGAAAGCAUUAUCUGCACUAAUUUAAAUAUUUUGAUUCAUAUCCAGUCAAAUAUGUUGAAAACCCUGAUAAAGAUAUUAAAGGAUGCUGCAGACGGAAAUUUAUCAAAAUUUGUGAAAAGACAGGAGUUCUCAGAAGAAGUGCUGGUCAAAGCAAGGAAAAAAGUGAAGGAUGUACCCGCCCUUCUGGCCAAAUUUGAUGAGAUCUAUGGGAAACUCCACAUUAAUGGCCAGGUCACCACUUGCACUUUGGAUACUCUCCUCUGCCACACCCCUGGGGACAGAAAAUCCCACAUGGUACUAUUAAGUAAGAGGACAGUCAGCCAUCGGACCUUCCAGCCUCUCAACCAGUCUCUGUGGGCUGAAUAACCCUAUGCUCAAGUCACUCAUGGGUCUGAGCUGGAAGGGGCCUCCCAGUGAGUUAAUGGCUUCCUAAGAAAUCAGGCAUUGUACUCCAGUGGAUGCUAUGUUAACAAACACUUGGUCUCCUUAAAUUUCUGCGUUGAUUUCGAACUGUCAUGCUGAUCUGAGAAGUUAAUGUUGUGCCACCGUGAAGAUCUAAAUCGAGUCCAGCAGAAAGCUCCGCUCCCUCAGAAAGGACACUUCCUCUGUAUAAAGUUCUAAGGAUCCUUGAAGGAACAUGACUGUGGUCUCCAGUCCAACUGCCGGUACCAGCGUAGAACCAAGUAAGCACUAAUGGGAAGGAAAUUGCCAUAAGUGGUCAACUCCAGUAAAUUUUGGGGGGAGUAGUUACUUGCAGACUAUACUCUUGCUGAAUUCAGGAGGUCUGGAACCCUAUUUUGCUACUGUGAGCAAUGGCUCAGGAUGUUCUCACUGUUUCUGUCAUCAUCUGUCUGUGACCCUAAAUAAGAUGCUUGUGAAUCUGCAUAUUGACUUGAAAUUUUCAUUUAAGUUUCAUUAGGGUCACAUUUUCUCAAAAAUGAGAGAAAUAAAAGAUUCCUGAGAAGAUA